AUGGGGUCGUGGACGCGAAUGGCCGUGCUCUUGGUGGCUGUGCUCGCCACAGCGACACUUUCCACAGCUCUCAUCAAUGAACUUGAACCCGGAAAAGAUUGGCCUACACGCGGUUCAGUAAAACAACCAUACAAUCAAACGGAAGCUUUAACAGUCCCAACAGAAGCGUAUACGUCCACUACCGAACUUGUAGAAGAAACUCCACCCAAUGUUAAGGAUGAAUUAGAAGAAGAGAUUACUAUUCUCGCCAGAGCCGCUGAAGCGGGAAACGUUAAAGUAGACUACUCUGGCGCUCAGCUAUGGAAGGUUUCAACAGAGAAAAACGGAGUUCGUGUGAUUCUAGGAAGACUGAAACGCAGAAACCUUAUAUCUACGUGGGCUGGAAAUCAGAGUUACGUGGAUGUACUGAUCAAGCCGAAUGCUAUGGCGAACGUCACAAGAGUGUUCGCUCGAGAAAACAUUUCAUACGAUAUCAUCAUUGAUGAUCUACAAAAAAGGAUUAAUGAAGAAAACCCACCGUUGGAUGAAAAUGAGAUAGAACUUCAGGAUAGGCGAGGUCAUCGUAUGACGUGGAAACAAUAUCACAGAUUGGAAGACAUUCAUGGAUUUUUAGAUUAUCUAGCAAAAACAUAUCCAAAAAUUGUAAGCGUCAAUACUAUUGGAAAGUCUUACGAAGGAAAAGAUCUUAAGAUUCUACGUAUAUCCGAUGGUAAUCCAAAUAACAAAGCUGUUUUUAUUGAUGGAGGUAUUCACGCUCGAGAAUGGAUCAGUCCAGCAACAGUCACUUAUUUCAUAAACCAAAUUGCUGAAAACUUCGACGAAGAAUCUGAUGACAUGAAGCAGAUCGACUGGUAUUUCCUACCCGUAGUCAAUCCUGAUGGCUAUGAAUACACACAUUUAGUGGAUCGUUUAUGGCGUAAGAAUAGAAAACCUUCUUUUACCGGAAGACAAUGCUUUGGUACGGAUCUCAACAGGAACUUUGGAUACCGAUGGGGUGGUAAAGGAGCGUCGAACAACCCCUGCAGUGAAAUCUUUCGCGGUUCUAGAUCUUUCUCAGAGCCCGAAUCCCGCGCUGUGUCGGAAUUCAUCAAGACGAGCGUAGCUAACUUUUCAGCAUACCUAACAUACCACAGCUACGGGCAAUACCUGCUGUAUCCAUGGGGCUACGAUAACGCAGUACCUCCAGACCAUAAGGAUUUGGACGUUGUUGGCAAAAGUAUAGCAGAAGCCAUUGAGAGAGCAGGUGGAUCAAAAUACUCAGUUGGUUCAUCCAGUGGACUUUUAUACCCAGCUUCGGGUGGCUCAGAUGACUGGGUGAAAGCUCAGGGGGUCAAAUACACAUUUACAAUUGAACUGAGUGACACUGGACGUUAUGGAUUCAUAUUGCCAACCACUAAAAUUGAACCUGUAGCUAGAGAAUCACUGGCGGGACUGCGAGUGCUUGCCAGUUACGUAAGCAAGCUCUAAGCUUUAGAUGUAGAUACUUAUAUAAGCUAUUUAUGAUGCCUAUUUUG